CAUGAUGGCCUGGGCGAUCCGACAGGAGAUCCAGACGACCUUUUAAAGGAAAACAACUUGGCGGAGAGCAUCAGCAAGCUGGUCAUCGACAGCGACCUGGAGGACCCGGCCAUCAUGAGGGCAGUGCCAUCCAACCCUCCGCUGCAGGCACCCCCUCGACUGAACCCGAGCAUGUGGGAAGGGCCCAUGGUGUUUGGUGGAAUCGGAAAUCCUUUUCUUUCCCACUUAGAGGACAGCCGGGCUCUGUCCGGCUCCAAAGACUCCAUUCUGCCCAAGAGACCAGCCUUUGGACGUAAUGAAGAGCGGGACUUGUCGGACCGAGCGCCCCCGCCCAGGUCCUCAUCCCCCGUGAUCGGGAGCCCUCCUGUACGGACGGCCCCCAUCGGAACACCCCCCAAGCAUGUGGGCCACGCCACCAUCCAGCAGCCAUCCAUCCUGUGCCCCACCCCUGUCCGCGUGCGAGCUCCGAUUCACCAGCGAUUCUCGGCCCCCUUCAGUGAGAGGAUGUCACCAACUCAGCUGCUGAACGUUGCGAAUUCGUCACUACGCCCCCACCAUUUCCAAGGCAGCGUCACGCAAGUGCUGAAUCCACUUCUACUUGGAACGGCCCAGCAGACGGGGAGGAUGUCACCCAGCCACUUUGCCCGAGUCCCAGGGUUAGUGGGGAGCCCGCUGACGGCAAUGAACACCAACCUGCUGCAAAGCAGGAUGGGACAGAUGAUGCCGCCCAUCACUGGUUUCCAGCCAUACUUCAGCCCGGCAGCAACUGGACACCUGCAGAACAUCAGGUCUUCCCGGGCGGACACCACCCACCUCCACCCCCAGCACCGGCGGCUCCUCAAUCAACGCCUCCAGCUGCAGAACUCCAGGAAUCAACACCGAGGUCAGAAUGGCUCUGGAGGAGACAGGCACAGCAGGGGCAGCUAUCACGAGCAGACGAAGAAAGACCCCUAUAGCAACCUGAUGACCCAGCGGGAGAAGGAAUGGGUCAGCAAGAUCCAAAUGAUGCAGCUACAGAGCGCUGACCCCUACCUGGACGAUUACUACUAUCAGAACUACUUUGAGAGGCUGGAGAAGAAGCAGUCUGCUCUGGACCUGAAUAACGAGGGCCCCAAGAAGGAGCGCAUGAAGCUGAUCACGCCGCAGGUGGCCAAGCUGGAGCACAUCUACCGGCCAGUGCAGUUUGAGGGCUCCUUGGGUAAACUCACCGUGUCCAGCGUGAACAAUCCUCGCAAGAUGAUUGAUGCUGUGGUGACAACGCGCACUGACGAUGAUGAGACAAAAGAGAAGCAAGUGAGGGACAAGAGGCGGCAGACACUCUUCACCAUUGAGCGGACGUACAGCUUGGUGCUGGAGGUGCAGGACUUGGAGAAGAAGUUCCUGCAAGCGACUGAGGAGGAGCGGCCGGCCGUGCUGGAACACCGCAAGGCCAAGAUUGCACAGAUGUACGAGAACCUGCGAGGCAAGCAGGCUCCCAGCACCGAGAGAGUCAGCGACGACCACUUUGUGCAGGUCAUGUGCAUCCGCAAGGGCAAACGACUGGCUGCCAAGGUCCUGCUGUUCCUCAGCACGGAGCAGGCUGCCAACGUGCUGUUGGCUACCGCUCGAAACCUCCCGUACCUGGUCAAGAAGGACAGCCAGGACGAGAGAGCAGUUGAGGCCAGGAAAUGGUUGACUGGUUUCACGAAGGAGAUCGCUAUCUGGCUUGAGCCUAAAGGGAUCGAAGGGUUUGGAGAGAAAGUGGGAACAGAGCAUGGAGUUGGAUGAUAAUCGUGAUA